AUAACCCCCGGAAGACAAAGCCAUUUCAUGAAUGUCGGCCUCUGUAACUCCAAGUGUACCGAAAUCGCCUUCCCACCUGAAGGGAUUCACAUCUUCUCCGGCUUUCUCCAUUCUCAUUUGCUCGGAAGGAAAAUGCGAGUCCGGGUGUUCCGAAACGGCGAGGAAUUGCCCUGGCUGCAAAAUGACGACAAUUAUGACUUCGAUUAUCAACAGGUCCGAGUCUUUCGGGAACACAUCACCCUUUAUCCUGGAGAUCAGCUCAUCAUGGAAUGCGACUAUGAUUCGUCGAAUCGGGAUUCGGUGACCGUGAGUGGCUUUGGAACAAUGGAAGAGAUGUGUCUGGCUUUCUUCCAGUAUUAUCCUGCUGUGAAUUUUGCUGCCUGCUUGAGUUUCCCCCAUUUCGAGAGCAUAUUUUCUAUGUUCGGCAUCACUGACGUCUGGCUCGACCCGGAUGGAGGCUAUGAAUACAUGGUGUCGGAGGACCAGACCCUGGUGGACUAUCUGAACGAGUUUGACUGGUCGGGCGUCGACAUGGAAGGCUUCCAACAUUUAAUGCGUUACGAUCCUCAUUAUACGGGAUGCGUCAACAAUCAGGGGGAACUCCUUCUCCCAUGGAAUCAGACGACGAGCUAUCCCGAAGGCGUGGACUCCUGGAUGCCUCCCGGACGAGAAUGUCCAUCUGGCAAAUGAAACUUUUUCCCUGUCCUCUCUUGUUUGAAGAAAAAUUCUAAUGCCCGCAAUUUCUCUUGCCUUUCCUUUCCUUUGCAUGCACAU